CUUUUUAGUUAUGUUUUAUGUUGACUUUUUUUUUCCUAUUCCUAACCACCAUAAAGUGAUUAAAAUUCAAUUUAAAUUUAAAUGGUCCAAAUUUCUAGUUUUUAUCUAUUUAUCAAAUAAAACAAGAAUAAUGUAAACAUAUUCAAUGACAAAAGCAACUUCAGUAUUUUAGGCAGUGAUUAGAUUAUAAUUAGUUAAGAUCAAAAUUGGUUAUGAGGAAUCAAGAAAUACGUUUGUUUGAAGUAAUUGCAACAUAACACAUAAUAGAAUAGAGAAAUUUCCAAAUUAAAUUUAAUUAAGACAAAUUUCCUGCUUGAUAUUUAACUGACUAACUCAAGUAGAUGUUUUUGGGGUACUUAACUUGUUAAGUGAAGUCAAGGCCGAUUUAAUCAAACAGGUUCAGGGGAUUCUGAAAACACAUCUGUUUAAAUGAAAUCUUCCCAAAAAUCACUUCGAAGUGAAAGCGAGAGUGAAGACUCCAAUACAUCAAUAAUCACGAAAAUGUUGAAAAGUUCUAGUACUGGCUCCAAAACAAAUCUACAAAAGGAAAAUACUGACCUUACUCAAAAAUGGCUUGAAACACUUAGCUUGCUGAAAAACCACCAAAUCAACCAGACACGUAGCCGAUCUUCUGGUAACUCUUCUAACACUUUCAUCACCCAACAGUCUUUGAACAAACAGAAACCUUAUUUGCUUAGGGAUUGUUCGUUUCAAUCAGAUGACAGCCAAUGUAGCAGCAUCGAAUCAGUUCUGGAGCUCAGAAAACCCGAUCCAGAAGAAGUACUUUUAGGAUUAGGGUUCGGACCAAAAAGCAACUUGAAUGUUGGUGGAAGAAUACCUGCCAGGUUUUUACAACCAUCAAAGCUAAUCACCCAUAUUGACAUUAACAAGUUCCUCGAACAAUAUGGAGAAAAUUAUUGCGACUUACCACAAUCAGUUCCACCGUCACCAGCUAAAGCUCGACCAAAAUCUCACUAAAAUAGCAGAGUUCUAGGAACCAUUCCAUCGAAUUAUUAUAGGUUUUUAAUAAGAAAAUUCCAUUUCAUUCCAUUUUAGUUUUGAAAUAUUUGCCAUAAAGUUACUUAGUUCCUAAUUUGGAGCAAAAUGGAUCAAUGGAAAAAUAGAUGCCUACUUCUGUCCAUUGGCCCACUGUUGCCAUUACUAUUAAAAAAAAAAAUAUGUGUAAUCUAGCUUUCUUGCCACAGUUAUUAUAAUUUGUUUUUCAAAAAAUAAAUAAUUUCCAAAUUUUCUAAUAAGGAAAAUUACACAAACGAUUAUAAUUUUAUUAUCCAUUUGAUAUUUCCUUGUGAAUCAAUUUUGCGGUUUCCUGGCAAACACAUAAAAAAGUAGAACCCCAGUUAUACAAGGUAUCAUGCAGGCACCCUCCUGGCAUAAUUCAGAUUUAAGCAAAUUUACGUGCUAUAAGAGACCAAAACAUGAAAAGGGUCACAAGCCAAGGGAACAUAGACGCGCGUGUCUCGGAUAAUCAGGAUCUUUGAGUCUUUAGAUUGGCUUGGUUAAUCCACAGCUCAGAUACUUGGGGUUCUACUGUACAAUAUCCCUAAAUAAUUUUAUCAAGAAUUUUAUGUUAAAUUAAUCUAAUCUAAUCUUGGUAUUUAAAUAUUUACAUAUUAUAAGAGUCCUCUAUUUUCUGAAUACAUACAUAUCUCUAUGAAAUUUCGAAUUUAUUCUAGCUAUAAGGCAUUAGCAUUUUAUAAAUAAAAGUCAAUUUCUAAUUUAAGUAGAAUUAAGAUUUUUCCAGAGUGAUUUAUUAGGGAAAAAAAUGGAUUUGGAUCACAUUGAGACGUUUUUCAAAAAACUUUAUCCAUAAUUGCAUAGCCAUCCAAGAUUCCUGAAAGUUUUUUCUCAAAUUGUGAAAAUACAAUGCAAUUAUUAUAUUAUUAAUUCUCUAAUGUCAGGGGUCUACAUUCCGUACACGAAAUUUGAUUGAAAGCAAUGUAAAUUAAAUGGGGAGCAUUCGAAAUCGUAUCAAAUUUCGUAUGCGAGAAUAUUUGAAAAUACGUCCCCAGAAUUAACUGAAAUACUGUUUUCCGAAUCCAUAUUUUUGUAUUUGAAGCUUGUCCCAACAUAAUUCCAAACUAAAAAAUGAAAACCUUGGAAAAAAAAUACAUGUUUGCUCUAAAAGGAGCCAAUCCAUGUUCUCAUCAUUUUUGAGGAAUCCAUUUGGCAAUGAAUUGUUGUUGGCACAGACCUCUUAGGGUUGCUAGUUCCAUAAUCUGAAAAUCGUACAUUCCAAUUCAAAUUCAGCUUGGCCUUAAUGCUGCAUCCUUUUGUGCCGAACUGAUUUUUUUAUGUAAAAAACUUUUUAAAAAAAAUAGAAAGUUGAGCAGUACCAACUCCAAAGAAUCAUUUGCUGUUGAAUUUCUAAAAAGGAAUAUUUAUUGAUAUGUAAUGCAAAACAUAAAAAAAUUGGUCCCUGACAGUAAUAAUAUGGGGGUGUAGUACAUAUAAGGCUUUUUAUGUGGGUUGAGUAAUUAAGUUUAUUUAUUUUAGUGCCCAGUUGCCAUUUUAUAAACAAAUACAUAUUUUUUUAAAAUUUGUUAUUUUUACAUUUUAAGGACCAAUUAGGAAAUUUUAAUAAAGCCCGUUUAGUAA